AUGGUUCUGCUUCAUGUAAAACGUGGCGAAGAGAGCCAAUUUCUGUACGAAACAGUUACCGGCAUCGGGAUCGACCAGCUGGCGUACGAGUUGGUCACGAUCUAUAACGGGCGCUUGAAAGUGAGCCGCAUUUGCUCGGAAAUUGAGGAACUGGCAAAGCAUGGCACUAUGCUGCCACCGGAUAUGCUGGGGCUAACGGAUGAGCAAGUCGAGGAACUGCACCUCGUCGACGAAUGGGCCGACACCUGCAUUCCAUCCGGCGGUUGGCGUUUUAACCGUGAUCCGGUCGGUCGUCGCAAUGGACGGCAACCGCAAGCGAAAAUGGGACAAGUGCUUGAACAAGCCGUCUUGGAUGCGAAAGCGAUGGUCUCGAAAAAGAAUGCUACCGAAGGCAAACCCGUGACCCAGCGUACGGUGCAGGAUGCACUCGAUUUGUUGCGCGGUGCCGUCACAAUCGUGUACCCGAUGCAACUGCCACCGCACGAUCCAAUCCGAAUGGAGUUCAACAAUACCGAAGAUUUGAGCGGCACUCAGGCUUCACUGGAAGUGAUCGAGCCGGCGAAAGUGCAACUUUGGUUUGCCGGAAAGUUGAUGCUGAACGAUAAACUGCUCGGCGAAAUUGUGGGUCCCAACGAAAAGACCAAAAUCAUUGUAAAGUUGACCAAGCUCAACGAAAGUGCCCCGGGCCGUGAACCGGUGAUUACUGAAGACGCCAGAAAGCAGAUGAUGAUGCACGCUUAUCGUCGCCAGGAGGAACUAAAGAAACUUGAGCAAGACGAUGACGACCAGUAUCUCGACUCCGCCUGGUCCGAUAGCCGCAGUCUGAAACGUCAAGUGCACGGUCUGGAAAACGUUAAGUUUAAAUUUACUAAGUAA